AUGUAUGGACAGAUUCUGCAGUUGAUUGCAUUAUCAAUGAGGAGCCUCGGAUCAAGUGCUAUGUUCUAUCUUGCAGCUGCAGUUUCUGAAUUCUACGUUCCAUGGGAAACCAUGUCCCGUUCUGGUCCCCUGUACAUGCGGCUUGCUGAAGUCCCCAAGAUGCUCUCAGUGCUGGGGAAAGAUUGGGCACCUAUGGCCUUCUGUGUUUCAUUUAAGUUCCCACCGUCGUCUAAUGAGUUCGCAGGGUUUGAGAAUUGGGGGAAAGGGAAGCAGGAAGGAGUUCGCAGGAGAAGAGAAUUGGGGGGAAGCCGGGAAGGGAAGGGAUUCGCAGCCCGGAAGAGUCAGCUUGUAAUGUAA